CUUUUAAUCUAGCCUUGUUAUUUAUUAGUAUAGUUUUAUCGAUUUACAAAAUAAAAUAUUUUUUUAGUGGACUAUUUGUGGUAUAUUGGAUUGUCUAUGGUUAUAAUGCGCCUAUACAAAAUUCUAACCUAAACUUAUUAAACCAAUCGGAUCUCUCUUUCACUCUCGUGCGUUUUUGCAAUCCCACUAGCGCUCCUUCGUUCCAUCAUACUGAUGACUAUCUUCAGAGGGUUAAAAAGAUGCUUUUUGUCCAGUUUGACGUAAAACAGCUUCAAUUUGCUCCAAUUUCAUUUUCUCAUCGAAGUGGAAUAAAUGUUAAAUUCCUUAUAUGAGUGACAUAACUGGCACUUGCCAUUUGUUGCUUGUGUCAUUAGCGGUGUUACUCGUUGUCAGAGUUUGUUUCUGAAACGGUGUUCGCAUCCAAUCUGUAUGCAACUAUUACGCGUCGCCUCUACUAUGUCUUGCCAAGGAUCAUAUUCGGGCCCCGGGGACGAGUAUGACUUCGAGGACGACGGGUACGACGAUCUGGACGAAUACAGGGACAGAGACGACGCGCUACCACCAGCACCACCGGUCGAGGACAGUGACGAAGACACAGAAGAAGCCAGUGAAACGGACAUACCAAACAAUGAUGAGCCACUUGAAGUCAAAGAACAGUUUCAAACUUUCAGAUUGUACCAGGACAAAUUGGCGAACCUUAAGAAACAGUUACAGCAGUUAGAAGAUGGGAUCCAUCCCGAGUUCCUGAGGAGGGUCAAGAGGCUAGAACACCAGUUACACGAGAGGCUGCGGUUAAAUAAAAUUUAUAGGGAACACAUGUACGACGUAGUAGAAAAAGAGUAUAUAUCAGAAAAGAAGGCGGCGGCGAAAGAGUUUGAAGAGAAGAAAAUAGAGUUAAGGGAAAACUUACUUAAUGACUUUGAAGAUAAGAGGAAAAUGAUAGAGAAUGAGAGGCACAGUAUGGAGCUAAAUGGAGAUUCCAUGGAGGUAAAACCAGUAAUGAAGCGUAUCCUACGGCGGCGCGCCAACGAGCCCGCGCCGGCGCCGGAGAAGCGCCGCAAGCCGCUGGCGACGACGCUGACGUUCCAACUGGACGAGCGCGACAUCGACGCGGACCUGCGCGCCAUCGCGCGGCACUCGCCGCCGCCGCGACACGCGCCCGCGCAUCACGCCGCGCACGCCACGCACGCCGCGCAGCCGCGGAAACAUCUUAACUCUAGCAGUCAUUCAGGUGAGUCGCCAGUGCGCGAGGGUGGCGAGACGACGGAGACCCGCGUGGAGGACGGCAAGCUGCUGUACGAGCGGCGCUGGUACCACCGCGGACAGAGCGUGUCCGUCGAGGGACGGGACCUGCCCAAGUUCCCCGGACACAUACACGCCAUCACCGACGAGGCGAUAUGGGUAAAGAAGACGAAUUUGGAGCGAGUACGGAUAUACAUAUCACAGUUAGCGCGAGGCAAGGUGACAUUAAAGCGACGGGCCUCGUAACUGUGCCUCGCUGUGUGCCCAGUGUUCGUAGUACCAGCUAGUGACAAGUGUUCUGUGCUCAAAGUGGAUGCAGUGCUUCAUGUCAAUUGUCAAGGACCGUUACCAUAGCAACCGAAUUAUAGUGUCAAUAAGAAUGGAUUCGUGGCGGAGUUCUUGGUAUGGUACACAAAGAAUGCAUUUGAUUUAGAUUAAAUAUUAGAUAUUUUUUGUUUAGAUAAAAUUAUUGAGCAUUUUAUUAUGCAAGUAUUUUUCUUUAUCAUAAUAAUUUAUUUAGUUUUUAAUUAUUAUAAUUUGUUGCUUAUGCUGAGUCCUAGCCUUGUGAUGUCACGUUAUGAAUUGAACUAAAAAUCCAUUUUUGUAACCAUACAUGGUAAGAUGAAAUUAGUCAUGCCGUCAGUUACCCGUCAUGCCUAUCCAUUCUUUUUAACACAAGUAAAUAAAGGAUUGUAAGACUUUGAAUUAGAGAUAUGGUGGAGUGCCUUAGGUGCCGUAACUGUGUCUUGUAAAUGUAUAGGCGGCGAUAGUACAGAACUCAAAACAAAGCAAUAUCUGAAAAUGCUAAGUGCCAAACAGCUUACUGAAGUGAAAAUGCCUAUCACUGGUUGUCUCCUCAGCCUUUACUAGAUCAAGACGAAAAGAUUAGAGUACACUUCAAAUCUCUUGUUGAGUGCUGUGAUUGGUUGUCUAUAAUUCUCAUGUCAGAACUAGCGUAGAUACAUACUACAGGCUGCACAUAGACCCUAAACCACUCAACCAAUUAUUUUAGUACACGGCCUAAACAGGUUUAAAUCUGUCUUAGAAGAAUCAUUGAUUAUUACAUUGUUAUCUUGAUUUGUUUGUGUUUCCCGGAAAAAGGAAUAUAGCUAGCUAGAAAAAUAGUUUUCGUUAUAGACCAAAAGACGGAUUUUUUUCUGAAACUAAUAAUAUGUUCUUUUUGCUACUUGCUAGAAAGAACCUUUUAACCAAAUAAUGGAAAAUGUUAGCCCCGUAUUUUUGCUCUGCGAAAUAAGAAUGAACUAUUUAAAUACAAGUUGAUAAAAAUUAUGUGACUGGACUUAGGACUUCAAAGGCAUUGAACGAAACAGAAUGGUGAUUUCAAAUCAGUACCAUUUUCGUUUGCAUCAAUUUAUUAUGACUGAAGUCCAGGCUUUUAAAUAAAGUAAAUAAGUAUUUUAAUCUUGACCUGUCGCAUCCUGGUAGAUUACAAUUUUGGCUGCUUAAGGAACGCUUUUAUUAAUUAGCAACCCUUAUGAGGCUACAUUAUCAACAGAACAACUAGUCCUUACUGUUAUGUUUAAUACUUGCAAUAUUACUGUUAUAUAAUUUGAAACAAACCUUGUUAAUCAAUUUCUCGAUAAUUGACAUGACUGGAAGAAGCAAACUGCUAUGAAUUGAUUUGAUUAAAUAAUUAUGAGUUAAUUUUAAUGCACUCCAAAAGCUAGGCUUCUGUAAGAGUUGGUCAUGUGGCGUAUGUGUAAAAAUAUAUUGUUAUGACUUUUAAAUUUUGUUAAAACUGUAUAAAAUUACCCUCAAAAGUUUAUCGAAAUUACACAUGCAAGGAUAUGAAUUUUUCACCAAGUCAUGUGAUUUGAGGGAUUCGAUCAGCUUUAAUAAUUGUGCAAAUGUUAUUUGUAGGGUUAGUAUUUAAAUGCCGAUAACUUUUCAAGUUAUUGCACUACGCCACUGUAUACCAAUGAAUUGUUAAAUGUACUAUGUAGCCUGUCUCCCUUUAGUGCUCGAAUACAAUUUGAGCGCGAAAGAGAUGCAUGGUAUGUACGGAUGAUUUUUGUUGGACACUACUGGGUCUAAGAUUAUAAUGAUCUCAUUAACUAAUUCUACAAGGUUUUACUGUUGUUUAUGCUGUGCUAUUUCAGACUAUGACACAAAAUGUAAACUAAUUUUACCCCCACCUACUGUAUCUUGUGUUUCAACUACUACUAAGUUUAAAGUGAGGGUAUGUUGCAGUCUACAUAUUGUGUCAUGUUUACUUACAUAUUGGAAUUCUCUUAUGUUUAAGAAUAUAAUGCAAUCGAAAUAGAAAUGGUACUAAAAUAUUCUCAUAAUUUUGUUGGAGAAUAGAGAUGCUAGCUAAUUGGAAAUAUUGAGAUAGUUAAUAUGAUUUGUGACUAGUAGACUGUGUCUAGUAUUCCUCAUUUCGCGCAUUUGUAAUAUUGUGGAUUAAAACUCAAUGUUGCAACUAUUUGAAAUGAAAUCUUGCUGUUCUAUAGCAAAUUUCUCACUAGCGAAUUGUAAAAACAUGGACUUGUAUAGAAAUUAGUUUAAAAUAGACAAACUCAAUUGAUAUGACUGUACAUACAUCUUAACCCAGAGUGUCACCGCACUGACAGUAAGUGAUACCAUUUACUGUGACGACAACUCAAAAUGCAGUAUUGUAAAAUGUAAAUAAUGUACAUUGUAUGUAGUAUAUGAUCAAAUGAGGUUCUAUGUAAAUGGAGAGAUUUUGUAUUGUCCACUUUAUUUCAGAUUGUUUUUUUUUAUAUUUUUGUGAUUUAUUACUAUUGUAAAUGAGUUGUGAUGUAAAUAGUAUGAGAAGUUUUUACGUAUGUAAAUGAUAUUGAGACAAGAUCUUUUAAUUAUAUUAUGUAUUAUAAGUGA